UAUGCUCACUUACUGACCAGGGAGAGGGUUGUCAGAGCCCAAUGUUGGAGCCCCAAGGAACAGCGAAGGACAGCGGGUUGACGGGGAGCCUGGCGCAGUGGGCACUUCCUUCUCCAUCGGCCAGCCCCGUGGGCCCCCUGGCAACAGCCUUUCUGCUGUCUCUGUUUCUGCACCCGGCGUCCCUUCUGACCCAGGAGCACUGGGAUUUUCCAGCAGUAGAGCCGAUCCCCAGUCUAAAGAUGAAGUUCGACCCCAGGAGAAUGACGUUGACUUGGGACUGCCAAGAAAAUGCCACCUACGUGGAAUGUGUGAUGUUUCACAAGGAAAAAGGACCAAUUGCAAUAAUGGUAAGAUGA